AGCCAUCCCUUUUACACACAAAAUUGAAUCAUCCCACAACAAAUCAAGAAACACACACAAAUCAAAGUUUCCAUGAAUGAAUGAACCCUUUCUCUCUUCCUUAAUCCAAAAUCUAACAACAACCCAUUUCCACCAUGUCCACACCACAAUCAGAAAAACAAGCUCUUUUUAUUACCUCACUCAUCAUUUUCUGGUAUUCUUCCAACAUUGGUGUUCUUCUCCUCAACAAAUUAUUACUUUCUAAUUAUGGUUUCUCUUUCCCAAUCUUCCUUACUAUGUGUCAUAUGUCUGCUUGUGCUGUUCUUAGCUAUGUUUCCAUUGUUUUCUUAAAGAUUGUACCUUUUCAAAGGAUCAAAUCAAGAUCUCAAUUUUUGAGGAUUUCUACACUUAGCCUUGUAUUUUGUGGGUCUGUUGUGGGUGGUAAUAUUUCUUUAAGGUAUUUACCUGUUUCAUUCAAUCAAGCUGUGGGUGCUACGACGCCGUUUUUCACUGCAGUGUUUGCUUAUAUGAUCACCGUGAAGAGGGAAGCUUGGCUUACCUAUGGUUGUCUUGUUCCUGUGGUUGCUGGUGUUGUCAUUGCAAGCGGGGGGGAGCCUAAUUUCCACCUUUAUGGAUUCAUUAUGUGUAUAGGUGCAACUGCUGCACGUGCGUUCAAGUCUGUUCUUCAAGGUGUUCUUCUUUCCUCUGAAGGGGAAAAAUUGAACUCCAUGAAUCUGCUGCUUUACAUGUCACCAAUUGCUGUUCUAGUUUUAAUGCCUGCGGCAAUCAUAAUGGAGCCUAAUGUGAUAGAUGUCACUGCGACACUUGCAACGGAACAUAGAUACCUUGGCCUACUUAUUUUGGUCAAUUCUGCAAUGGCAUAUGGAGCCAAUUUGUUGAACUUUUUGGUGACAAAGCAUACCAGUGCUUUGACACUCCAGGUCCUAGGAAACGCUAAAGGUGCUGUGGCUGUUGUUAUAUCUAUACUUCUUUUCCGAAACCCUGUAACUUUUACUGGAAUUGCGGGCUAUACAUUGACUGUGAUGGGGGUUGUUGCUUACGGAGAAGCCAAAAGAAGACACAAAUGAGCUGAGAUUUGGCCUUCGUUUCUUCUCCAACGAAGCCCCAUACUUUUGUUUUCUUGAAGUUUAGAGACAUAUAUUGUAGAUUGAAGAUAAAACGGAUUUCACUGCUACAUUGUAGGUUGUAGCACAUAGAUAUACAGAGAG